AUGUUUAUUGUCUCCAUUGGUAUCGGGAAAACGCACCAAAAGGUUCUUGUGUCAGAGACCUCGACCCAAUUAGUAGAGCUUUUCGUCGAGAAUUGCGCCUUCAAUGGGAAUAAAUCUGCAAAAUCCAUCUGGAAGAUGCGGAGUCAGUGCUCCAAUGACCUUUCCGAAUUGUACCUUUAG